UGCAAGGUGAAGGAGGUCUGUUCAUCUGUUUUCUUCCUCUCGGUCACUUUAAUCUGGUUCUUCGGUCUGUCAGAUUAAACUGGAGUCGUCCAGGAGGAUGAGGAUAACCGUGCUGCUUGUCUCCCUCCUGCUCGUUUCCCAGUAUGCCUCAGGAGUUGAGGUGUAUGAGGGGGAGGAGUCUGUCCUUCUGCUCUGCCAGCUUCCCGUUCCAGCUGAAGAGGGUGUAGUUGUGUGGGGACGCGAUGACCUGAAUCCUUCAAUCAUCCAUGUUCGUACAGAGGAAGGUGAUUAUUUUAUAGAGCAAAAUAAACAAUACAUCAACCGAACAUCUAUUCAGAAGGACGCCCUGAAGACCGGCGACCUCAGCCUCACUCUGAGAAAACCUACAUUUUCUGACAGCGGACUCUACACCUGCAGCGUACGCAAGCAUGGACAAAAACAGAACCAGACUGAAGUGCAACUAAAGGUCAAAGAGCGUCCGCCUCCUCCUCCAAUCUGGCCCAAAGUUCUCCCAGCCGUCCUGGUUCCGGUGCUUGUCCUGGCUAUUGGCAUUAGUGUUUUCAUGUGUCUUGUAUAUCAAAGGAUGAAGAAAACAGCAGUCUGCCAGCUCAAAGUUGUUGAUGUCACAGAGGGGGCAGAGUCUGUCCUGCUACCCUUCAUAUCCAAAAAACUGAAGAAUACGGAGACCACCAAAGUGGAGUGGAAACAUAUCCAAGAAGACGAAAUGAAGGUCGUGCAUGAGAAGAAUGGGAAAAAUCCAGACGUGUCUCACACAGGCCGCACAGAGAUGAAGAAAGAUCCAUGGAAGACAGGAAACGCCAGCCUAACUUUGUCAAGACCUCGCUCUGAAGAUGGAGGUGUUUACAUAUGCACCAUGUAUGACACGCAUGGAAAGGCCCUGAAACAGAAAGUAGUGGCACUCUGGGUCAAAGAGGGCUGGCUGAAAACCAUCAGAAGCUUCUUCCCGUGUGCCAGACAGAACAAUUAUGUCAUCUGAAUCAAAAGGCAAAGGUGAAUCUGUUCACUGUUCAGUCGAUGUGAUUUAUCUCCUGACAAAGCUUUUCCAAAUGAAACUCACAGUAAUUAGUGUCAUUACCAAAUGAAAAGUCACAUUGACAAAUAUGUAAAACUACUGUGUUUGUGAGCUCUCAAAUGUCUGUUUCAGUCAGUUUGAACACUUGACACAUGCACUCAGCACAACCUGAACUAAUAUUCAGAUUGUCUGUGCACACUUUAAACUAAAGUUAUGCAUAGAGAGGUGAGAGCAGUAAAGUGUUUUUUAGUACAUUUUUAAAUACAUUUAAGAUUUAUUUCAUUUAUUUGGGAAUAAAAUAGAAA